GGAGCGGUUGAGGGUGAAACAAGCGUCGUGGUCGUCGUCGUCGCCGCCGCCGCUGUGGUGUGUUUCUUCUUUACGGCACUCGCUUUACGGCAGCGAGGCCCGGGGCACCGGAGCGAAGCCUCGGGGCGGAUUUUUUCUUUCUUCUUCUUCUUCUUCUUCGAGGAGGGAAGGGAACGGCCUCCUCGAGCGACCCGCCGGAGGGAGAGAGGGAGGGAGUGUGAGAGAGAGUGAGAGAGAGAGAGAUAGAGAGAGAGAGGGCCCUGGAAUGAGCCUCGGCCUGUGAUUUCGAGGUGUGCGGGUGGUGGUGGGGGGGGAAGGCGGCCCCAGCGAUGCCCGACUUCAGGCUGACCACCCAGGCCUACUGCAAGAUGCUGCUCCACGCCGCCAAGUACCCGCAGUGCGCCGUCAACGGCGUCCUGGUGGCGGAGAAGCUCAAGAGGAAAGAGGCGCAGAGCCAUGGCCAGGGCCAGGGCCAGGGUCAGGCCCCCGGGCCGGGCCGGGCCGUGCUGUGUGUGGACUGUGUGCCCCUCUUCCACGGCACCUUGGCCCUGGCGCCCAUGCUGGAGGUGGCCCUGACUCUGGUCGAUUCGUGGUGCAAAGAAAAUAGCUACGUAAUAGCUGGAUACUACCAGGCAAACGAGCGUCUGAAGGACACCAGCCCAAAUCAGGUUGCUGAAAAGGUGGCUUCUCGGAUUGCAGAGUCCUUCAGUGAUGCUGCGCUAAUCAUGGUGGAUAAUCAUAAAUUUACCAUGGAGUGUAACGAACAGUCAAUCAUAGUAUAUGAGCACCAUGACAACAAAUGGCGCUGCACAGACCCAAAUACCGAUUUCUGUGAAGACUGGUCAGAGGUGCAGCGAAUCGCAGCCUGUCUGCUAGAAAGCAAAUCCUACGACUCUUUAGUGGAUUUUGAUAACCAUCUGGAUGAUCUGCGGAAUGACUGGACAAACCCAGAGAUCAACAAAGCUGUUCUCCACCUCUGCUGAAACCUCUUCCUUCCUACAAAAGCAUUUCAAGGCAUUUUUCAAUAGAUGGGAGCCACGGAUCGCGUACGGCUGUAAUGAGCAUCCCUUUAUGAAUGUGAAGUCUUAAGCGGUAAAAAUCAAACGGGCGGAAUUGUUACUCUCACGCACCAGUGUCCGCGUGCCAAGAUCCAAUGUUCUGAAAGAAAGCGAAUUGUUUCGAGCCUGAUAUUAAGCCAUGGAUCAAUUGAUCUCGACCCAAUUGUUAAUUGUUGAGGUUGAUUUUCACCGUGAAAAUUAUUAAGAAAAAAACAUGUUACGGUCACGAUCCAAAUAUUCUUGGCCCCCAAUUGUGGUAUGAAUCUGAUUAACUGCACGUAUCGAAUCAAACUUACAAUAACCGAGUUGUUGACCAUUAGCUAACGACCAGUCUUUUAUGAUCAUAGUUCAUUUUUAUUUGAUAAUUUACUUUAUUUAAAAGAGUCAUUCAAAUCCUGUGUGUGUGAUACGAUAAGAUCAAUAACAAUUAAUCCCCUUUUUUAAAAAAAAUUGUAUCUCAAAAAGCAAUACCAUUUGUUGGACAUUUGUUUAAAUCUUGAGUUGAUGUAUUUCUUCCAAGUGCUGUUACACAGCUGUGUUUCGUUUUCUCCCUUUGCUAAAACAGUUGACUUCAAUUUGCGUUUAGCACGAAACGUUUGAUACGGACCCAACAGAAGCCUUGAUACAUGUCAUUUAAUACCACGCUAAGCCAAGAGCUUAUAAAUCGAAUUUGUGAUGACACCUUUUUGGAUUGUUAGUGUACAAAUUAUUAAAAGAUGUGCAUAUAACAGUCUCUUAACCCAGGCUCCUCGGAUGGCUCCAAAAGUUUGUUCAUUGAGUGGUGUUGUAGUUCCUUAUCUGCUGUGAGUUGGCUGGACUCAGUUAUAGUAGCUCUGGGGUUGGGUGUCAUGGUUGGUCUAAGCGCUCCAAGUGAAGAAUGGUUAAAACCAGCCAGAAUUCAUGCUCCCUCCCUGUGACUAUCCACUGAACCUUGCUGGAGGUGCAGAUGUACAGCCAUUGGAUUAAGAUGGGUUACAGGGCUCAGCUGUGACACCCCUUACGCACAGUUUAAUAGACUUGUGGCAUUCGUUGUAAAGAUUCACAGGUGUGAAGGCCACCCAGGAGAGGUAACCAGAGGAUGACCAAUAGAGAGAAUAUUAGUGGUCAAAUUAAUAUUAGAACUGGAGCCUCUCCAAUAUCUAUAAUAAUCUUUCACUUUUGUUUGAUUUUGUAUUCAUGUGUUUAGGUCUGUUACUGUAAGAUUUUCCAAUCAAAUUAGCGGAAAUAAAUCCAUGUGCCCUAAUAGUUUGCAGAUAGCUGUAAAUGAACAUAGUUCUUGGUGGUGGUGGUGUGAUUUAUCGAACGAAAAUGUAACAAAUCAAAUAGAGAUUGCGAUGAAAUAUGUAUAUACAGGUGAUUGAUUUUUAGUUUCAAAUUAAAUACUGAAAAAGAUCCA